AUUCACUCGGCUAACGAUUAACGUUACCUCAACUUUACCUCAUCUUACAAAACUCUUAAGAGCCUAAUAGUCUUAAAAGUUAAUAGUCUUUUCUUUAAAAACAAACACCUAUAAACAAUGAAAGGUUAAUGCUCAUUAAGCGGUCGAUCGUCUUUGAGAUCCAAGAAUGACAAAAACAAAAGUUGAAUCCAAUCAUGGGUCUAAUGCACGGUCAUCUUAUCACGGGCAGGACGGGCAGGAUAAAGACUACGGAGACGGGAGCAGCCACCAGCAGUCUGGACAAAUCCACCGGCAUGAUGUGCAACAGAUGACCUCAAAACAACCUCUAAAAAACAACUCAACACCUACACAGAGCAAAACUAAAGAGAUUCAUUAUGCAAAAUCUAAGCGCGGCGGAUCGUCCGGCACGAAUAUCCGCCGCGCAACAAAUGGUGCCAACAAGGAUAUGAAACCGGAGUCGAUAAAAUGCUCAGAGAAAACCCACCAGUCAACCCGCCGGAGGAAUCGCAGUAAAUCGUCAGGGCGAAGAAAACUAUCGGAUGCGAGCAUCACAUCUGAGGCGAGUAAGGACUCCGGGAAACUAUCUUUCACCGACAGCAGCUCUGAGAUCUCCGACUCAUCAGAGGACCACAAGCGCUCCACUGAUGCCCAGAGUGGUGAGCCAGAGGUCAGUUAUAGAGGGACCGACGACAGGAGGAUGGAAGAUUCCGCUGAGCAAAUAUCAGACGAUGUGGUUAAUGCCACCUUGUCCCCUGGGCUUGGCUUUGGAGAGGGGAGCAUCUCUCCUGGAGACCAGAGGUCAUACGCUUCUUUAGACAGCCGCUUGAACUUAAGCGCAUCUGUGGCAUUUUCGGAUCUGACUGGAGAUUUUGGUGAUGGGGUGCAUGAGGAUCUGACGAGAGAGAUUGACGAUCUACGAUCAGAAAAUGAAUAUUUGAAGGAUGAGAUGGAGGAGCUCCGCUCAGAGAUGCUGGAGAUGAGAGACAUAUACAUGGAGGAGGAUGUGUACCAGCUACAAGAGCUUCGGCAACAGCUUGAGCAAGCCAACAAGGCUUGCCGCAUUCUGCAAUACCGGCUCAGAAAAUCUGAGAGACGCAGCCUUCGUGUAGCCAAGACGGGCCAUGUGGAUGGGGAGCUUAUCAGGACACUAGAACAUGAUAUAAGGGUGGCAAAAAGCGUAUCCCUUCGCCUGCAUGGUGAACUUGAAGCUAUUCAGAAGAAAAAAUCCCAACUGGAAUGGGAAAAUGAGGAAUUGCGUGAAAGGCUCCAGAGUCUGGAAGUGGCAAAGCAGGUCCUGCAAACCGAGAUGGACAGAUCAAGAGAGAAUUCGCUGAAAAGGAGAAGUUUGAGAUCAACAUCUAGCAAGAGUGAUAAAAAACUCUCUCUACAGGAUGACAGUGCUGAUUUGAAAUGCCAGCUUCACUUUGCCAAAGAAGAGUCCGCUCUGAUGUGCAAGAAGCUAACCAAGAUGGCCAUGGAGAGCGAGGUGAUGCGUGAACAGCUCGCCAAGUACCGUGUGCUUUAUGGUGAUGUUGAUGAAAGCAAGGCUGCAGCGGGCACCGUCAAUUCAACCCACACUCGAGAAGCAGAGGUCAAAGUUCACUUGCGUCUGGUGGAGGAGGAAGCCACCCUGCUGAGUCGUCGGAUCGUGGAGCUAGAGAUGGAGAAUCGUGGGCUGCGGGCAGAAAUGAGUGAACUUUGUGAGAAAGGAGGGACGGGUCUGGAAGGAGAAGAGUUGAUGAAGGUGUCUGGUGAAGGAUUAGCAUUGGCUGUCUGUACUGAUAAGCAGGGGGAGAUGGUGAAAGGUUUAGAGGGUGAAGAAAAAGCAGAUACUGCAGCUAUACAUGGUGAUAUCCAGACAAAUUUAGAGGAGGAGCGAAUGGAGAACUCGUUCACGAGUCACAUGCUCAGAGAGGGACCUAUUGGUGGAGAACAGGAGAUGUCUGAUGAGACCACAGUCGAAGCACAAUCUCAAUGCAAGUCUGACUGCACACUAGGCGUAAAGGAUCUUAAGGGUCUUCUUGCCAUCCAUGAUCAAGCACUGCUUGUCAGAUCAACAAUCCAGUUCCUGACAUCUCCAGAUAAAAAUGGUCUCUCAGCUGCGUGUACCCCCUAUCUGAGCAAAACAGAGGUAGAUCCAAAAUGCGAGCCUCAUCAAUGGCUUCUAGAUCCCAUGCUGAGUCCCCUAACCAAUGGACUGGAGGUGUUACAAGCCCAACUGCAUGCUCUUGUGGAGAAGUUUGAGACGCUGUUAAACUCCACAUCAGAAGGCCUUGCGGCUGAUCUAGAAAAGACGACAUUUAAUUGCGCAGCCGAAAAGAACAACACAAAGGAUCAAGCAAGAUACGAACAUCGCGGUGAUGAAGAACAAGUUUAUCCCAGAAUUCCCAACAGCAAUGGCUGUGACCAGGAUAGCAUAGUUCUGCUCACGCUACAACUCAAAUGGUUCAUCCAACAGUGGAAACGGGGAGAGAAACCUGCAGGAGAUGGAAAGAAUGUGUUUGAGAUGUAUUGUCCGAACAAUCUUUGUCUUUUGAUGGACACAGAGUCAAAGGAAGGCAAAAACAAGCCUCAAGAAAAGUGCAACAGCCAGGUGAGCAGUGAUAUGCUGUCAGACCUACGAGCAGUGCUGCAGGAUCUGUUUGGUGAACUUUUGGAAGAGCACAAGGCGGCCCAACACGUGGUCCGCAAGUUUGCAAACGCCAAAGCAGCCUGGGCCGUCGAACAUGCAGAACUGAAGAGCCUCAUAAGCAGGCUUGAAGGGUCAGCUGGAAAGGAGGAAGCAGGGGGACCAUUAGACUCGAAUGUGGCUUUGCAGAAGGACCACGUUGAGAAGCUUCAGCACCUGUUAGCCGAGUCUUACGCUGCAGUCCUGGAUCUAACGAAACGGCUAGAGGUCUACGAGAGAAACUGGAGUUCAGAGCGCCAGGAACUCAUGCAGCACCUGAACCACAUGCGACUGGAAUGUGAAGGUUCAAAGACGACCAAACAAAAUAGGAAAAUGCAGUCCGCUGAACGCACAAAGAUGGAAGUUGAUGGAAACAUGCAGAGGAAGUCCCUUAAAACUUCCACACCAAAAUCCAACAAGAACUGGAAGUAUCUCAGUCAAGAGGCUGCACUUCUGGACCGGCAAGACCCCUGUAAGACUUGGGACUGCCCUAUCAUGCCUCCCAGUUUUCCUGGUCUGAAUCUAACUCAGGAUUCUAUUCAGAGAAGCCACACUGCUCCAGAGAGGACCAGCAUUCGUAUAUAUUACAGCCCUCCAUCAACAAAGAGGAUCCAUAUGAGAUCUGUGAUGGCCGAAAUAGAGGAAAAGUGUGAGAACAGCCAGGAACCGCAUUUCAGCGCUGUUUCCUGUGGCCUUGUAAACCGAGACUGGGUCACCGCAUAUGAAACCUUGCUGGGAAGCCUGCCAUUUGACUGCCAGAGUUUGGUGGAGAGAGAUUCAAUCAAUAUCAUCAGCUCCCAAUCCUCUGCUGCGCUUCAGAACUGUAGUAUUGGCUCCCAUUCUCGCUUGGCUUUCAAUAAGUUAGACGUCUCAGCCAACCUGAGUGACGACAUGAAGGAAAUCACCGCCAGUGUGCUGCAAACGUCCCAGUCAAGUUCGCUGGAAUGGAAAAGAGCCAGGGAUUCUGGGAGCAGUGUGGUGAGUGUUGUCAGUACAGGAACUCAAACACAGCGCCAGCCAGAGGUGAGCAAUGUGGGGCUACAGACAGAUGGCCCUCGAAGCCUUUGCGCUACAAAGCACUGGUCACCCCGGGUGACCUCUUUUGUAUCUGCGAGAACCCAACAGGUCUCAAAUUCUUUAGAAAGGGUAUCUGGUCCGAUUGAGCGGUUUCAGUCACACACCAACUCUCCAAAAAUCCCUCGCAGACACUCUGCUUCCUCUCCUUUAUCCUCUAAAUCUUCCUCGUCCUCUUUCACCACUUCCUCUUUGUCCUCGUCCUCUUCUCUGAGUACCUCAUCCAGGCUGGAAUACAGAAGUAAGGAAAAUGGUCUGUGGAACGUGCCCCAACGUGGUGGCCCAGGUUCGGCCUGGUCUCGUUCGGCAACCUGCAGACCGAGCUCUGCAUCAGCACCGGUCGGCAAUAAACCCGGAGGCCGGACAAAUGCAGGGAUUCCCAAAUAUGGUCUAGUCCAGGAGUUUCUGCGCAACGUGUGUGGUCGGGGAGAGAAGACAAACCCAGAUGAGGAUAAGGCACCUGCUUCACGCAGGGAUCACGUCGGUCUGGUGGGUACGAAGAAAUCCGAACAGCCCCCCUCUCGUUUACCAGCGGUGCCACUGGUCAGAAACGACAGCAUCACCAAAAUCAUUAACCGCAGAUUUAUGAAACAGGGACAAAAAGAAGAUAUAACAUGCAGCCAGAGCAAAAGCAACAAGGGAUUGGACAGCAAGAACAAGGGCCUGGAGGACGGAGCUUGUGAUUGUACUUCACGCUCUCUUACCUCCUGCUUCACCCGACACUCGCAUAAAAACCUCCGACAUGCUCGGGGUCAGAACAAACCCCCGCCACAAGAAAACGUGCCAGCUGGUGGAAAAGGGGAUCCUCUUGCUUAAAAAGGGGCGGAGUCAAUGUGUGUUCUGACAUAAAAUAUUUUGGCUAAUUUGAUUGUGGGUCCAGCUACUAUUAACACUUUUAGCUCUGUUAAACAUAUUUUUUCAUGUUUAAAUCCAUUUAACAGAAUAAAGUACAAUUUCCUCCAAUUUAAUGACAUUUUGAUAUAAAAUAGAGUUUGUAUAGAAUUAUGGGUACUGUUAUUGUAUUAAAGAGAUAAGACAUUUUUUUUUUAGAUUAUCAGUUCAGUCCAUUGUUUUUAAAACUUUUCUUUUAUAAAUUAUUUUUUAUAAUAAUUUAUACCUAAAAAUCACAAACUGUUAGAUUAAAGAUAAUUAGGCAACAUUUCUUAUCUUAUAAAAACUAUUUAAAUCAGUGUCAUGAUAUAUGAAGCUUUUCUAUGUAUAAUACAUUGUGUAAAAAUCUUAAUGUUUAAAUAUAUUAUUAGAUGCCUUAUAAAUGUAGCCUGCUAGCUGUCUCAGUGUUUUAAUAGAUGCAAACAGUUGCUGGGGCGCAAGCACCUUAAAGAGAGUAAUUUCUGUAAACUGUCAUUUAGCAUAUAUGUCACUUAUUGAGUGUUCCGUAUCCACCUGUAACCACAAA